UGCCCUGAGUGUGGGAAGGGAUUCAGUGUUUCUUCCAACCUGCUGAUGCACCAGCGAGUUCACACUGGGGAGAAACCGUACACCUGCUCUGAGUGCGGGAAGGGAUUCACUCGGUCAUCCAACUUGCAGACACACCAGCGAGUUCACAGCGGGAGGCGGCCAUUCACUUGCUCUGAGUGUGGGAAGGGAUUCACUCUGUUAUCCCACUUGCAGACACACCAGCGAGUUCACACUGGGAAAAGACCGUACACCUGCUCUGAGUGUGAGAAGGGAUUUACUAAUUCAUCCAAUCUGCAGAAACACAAGCGAGUUCCCACCGGGGAGAGGCCAUUCAGCUGCUCUGAGUGUGGCAAGGCAUUUAAUCAGUUAUCCCACCUGCACACACACCAGCCAGUUCACAAUGGCGAGAUACCAUUUAUUUGCUCUCAGUGUGGAAAGGGAUUCGUUCAGUUAUCCAAGCUGCUGUUACACCAGCGAGUUCACACUGCCGAGAGGCCAUUCACCUGCUCUGUGUGUGGGAAAGGAUUCACACAGUCAUUCAGCCUGCUUUCUCACCAGCGAGUUCACAGUGGGGAGAAGCCAUUCAUCUAUUCUGUGUGUGGGAAGGGAUUCAGAGACACGUCCAGCCUGCUGAUACACCAGCGAGUUCACACUGGGGAAAAGCGUUUUCCGUGCUCCACAUGUGGGAAGGGAUUCUCUCAGUCAUCCAGCCUGCUGACACAUUAG